UGUUAUGGAGUUGUUUACAAGGUGUACCGGCGGCUUAGAAUUGCUCUGCUGUACAGAUCAUGUACACAUUAAACGUAGUUAUGAUGCAGAGUAGUUUCAAAUUUUUAAUAACCAAAUUUCCAAAAUGAUAAACAAAUUAUUUAUCGGUCAAAUGGAAUUAGGGUGUUUCCCUAACGUUAUAUUAUGCAUCUUUCUAGCAACAAUAUACGUAGGAAGUUUGUAUAUUUGGCGUAAUACUCACUCAAGAGAUCAUCCUACUACAAUAAAAAAGAGAUUUUUAAGUGUCUUCUUGAUUUCAUUUGUGUCUGCCAUAUUUGUAUAUAUAUUUGCUGAUAGAUCCUAUUUUGGAUAUGAUCAUAACUAUUGGUCCCUUCUGGGUAUACGUGUCUCGGGAGUUCUUCAAGCUAUAUUUUUGCCUUUGAUUCUCACUAUGAUACUUUUUAUGGGUCCAAUAUCUGUUCACUACAAUGAUGGAAUCUAUAAUAAAUUUUUUGAUUUUAAAUUGUGGUUAUUUUGCCUGACAAAUGUUAUAUGGUUGAGAAAUCAUGUGAUAGCUCCAUUUUUUGAGGAAUUUACUUUUCGAGCUUGUAUGUUGCCAAUAUUAGUGCCAUGUUUUGGAGAUAAGACUUCUGUGAUUUUAUGCCCGUUUUUCUUUGGCAUUGCUCAUCUUCAUCUUUUAAAUGAAAAACUAGCUCAUGGAGCAAAAUUCAAAGUAGCCAUUCUUCAGUCAUUGUUUCAGUUUGCUUACACAACCGUGUUUGGUGCUUAUUCAACUUACUUGUUUUUAAGAACAGGUCAUGUUGCUGCUCCUUUCAUCGUCCAUGCAUUUUGCAACCAUAUGGGCUUCCCAGAUUUUGGGCAGUUAUUGAGCUUGGAACAACCUAAAAAGGCCAUCUUCAUGUCAUGUUUUGCGGCAGGUUUAUUUUUGUGGAUUAUGUUGUUGAACCCACUCACAGAACCGCAAAUAUAUAACAACUCAGUGUACUGGUCUAAAAAUUCAGUUUAACGUGUAUUAUGGUAAGAAUGCCUGUUUUGGGAUGUUAAAUAUCAAAUGCAUAUAAAUCUUUUAAUUACUUGACAGUUGAAAAAACUUUGACUUAAAAAAAAAUAUAUAUAUCAAAAUAAUGGAAACACCUGUGAAUAAAAGUGACAUUUUUGAAUAAGCUUCAUAAUUAAUAAAGAAUAAAACUAGAUAUCUGGUUUUUUUAUCAUUAGCAAUGUACACCUUCUGGUAGCAUAUGUUGACUUAAUUGAAGUUGGAUUCUGGAAGGCUUGGAUUUUUUUCAAGCACGUGAAAUGUCGGACCUCUUAAAUUUUAAAAGAGGCCAAAUUGUUGGAGCGCGUCUAGCUGGAGCAAGUAUAACUUAAACAUAUCAACUUUUUUAUGUUUCUAGAAUUACAGUAUCUAAAACUAUGACAGUAUACACACAGCGUGGUAGGAAAAGCUCCGACAAAGCAAAAUAGUGGGCGGAAAGAUAAGCUCAGUGAAAAAAACCAAUGGGUAUUGAAGCGGGUUGUAAUGCCUAAAAAGUGAAAAAUAGCAGCAAAAGUGACCACAGAACUCAAUCAGUAUCUGGAUUAACCAGUGUGAUUGAUUAGUCAGAAGGCACCUUUAUUAACAGAACAUUUACGACAGAAUAUCGAUUCCCAACACACUUGUCACAGAGUGUUUCCAUUAUUUUGAUAAAUACCUGUAAAUAUUGAAGUUAAUUAUAUGCAGUUAUUGUUAUGUAACAAUUUCUUAAUAAGUUGUUUUGGGGGGAAAGCAAUAAAGUUAACUAUUAAAACUAUAAAACUAUUUGCAGUAAUAGAAGAAAAUGUCUGACUCCAAUUUAAAAUGUUAUUUUCAUAGCCCUUAAAAAAAACAUUUAUACUUGUUACGUGUAAACUGUAAAGUAGUCUGAACAACAUAGAAGCAACACCAGUAAAGGAACCUGCAUUUCAAUCCCUGGUGAAAGUUUUUGUACAUAUAUUCAACUAUUAAUGCACAAGAUGACUAAAGGAAUUUAGAAAAAAAAUGUAGUUUUUAAUUUUCAACAACACAAGAAAAUCCCAGUUAAUCAACAUGUUUUCAUUCGCUGGUUUUUCACCAUUUCAUCCGAAGUUACCAUGCAAUCUUUUUUAUGUCUAAAGAAUCAAGUUAAUACAAUUAAGCAGUCAAUAAAUAAGUUGAUAAAUCAAGUAAAAGAAACUAAUGUAAUGUUAUUUAUCUUUUGAUAUCUAAAGGAUCAGGUUAAUACAAUCAACAUAAUUAUACAAACAAUGUAAUGAAUAAAGUAGGCAAUAGAAGCAAUUUUAAAUUAGUUUAAAAUAUUAUAAGUAAAGAAAUUAAUUUUUAAAACAUAUGAGGAAAAUAUGCUUACUUAGUGAAAACAUUUAAAAGGGUAAACUGAAAAUGGAAGGAAAGGGGGAAGGAGUAGGAAAAUUGGAAAUGAGAGGAAAGCUUUUGAGCUUUAACAAUAGGGAAGCUGUUACUGUGUGCGUUACCUAAGUAGAAUGCAGAAAAUUCUUGCUUCUGCUAGUUAUUGCAGCAAAUCAGUUAAUCUGCAUAUUAACUGGGUAAUGUGCAAAGUCAUGGUUUUUGAGUUUUUUCUAAAACAUAUACAGUCAUGCCCAUUUAUAGCAAAUCCAUGUGCUAGUGAAUUUAUGGCGAUAAUGCUCCAAUUCCUUUUCAUGUUUUGCUAUGUGUUAUUUAAAUUUUUAUAAUGAAAUUAUGGUGAUAACGAGAUUUUUAUUUAGCCUCUUAGACUUCCCUAUAAAUGGGUGUGACUGAAAAUAUAAUUUUUCAAAAAAUGUCUUUUUUUAAGUAUGUUUUUUUUUUUAAAGUCAUGUAUACUUUUUAUAGUGCCUGUUUUUAUUUUUCCUUUUAAGUUGCAUCGCGCUUUUUUUAAUCUCGCGAAUGAACUCUGCAAAUAUGUUUGAUAGUAAUAGGCUUUUAAUCCAUUCCUGUAUAUCUUUAAUCAAAAAUUUUGUUGUGUAUUCUCGAAUAUGAUUUUAACAUUCAAAUCUGGUUGAAAAAGUUUCACAGGCUGCGUUCUUAAGAAAGUUAAGAAAUUAAGUGUAUAUAUAUUUUUGUUUUGUGUUUUUUAAGUUUAUUUUAAAACAAAAAGUUUGGAAUUGCAUUUUUAUGUAAAAUUUUCAUAAUGAAAUGUUCGCCAAUAAAAAUAAUGCAUAUAUG